CAGAUAUUCACACCAUAUCCCUGCGACCUGUGUCGCCAUGCCGGUGAAAAAGCUGAAGAUCUCCGAAGAGCUACGGAGCAUUUCUCGGUUGCUUCUGGAUGAGGGAGCGUUGAAGCAGCUGACUUCCGCGGAGUUGGUGGAGGAUGCUUUGGCGCUGGCCGUGGCGCGCGGUGUUGUCAUGUAUCCCACGCCACAGAAGAAGCGCGAGGCGUCGGUGGUGCCGCUGACGCUGCUUCCCUCCCCGGUGGCCGAUGAUUGUUUCCACUUGGCCAAGAUGUUGACGCCAGAUUUCCACAUUUUGAUGGACAGGGUAUGUUGCGACCUGUCUUGGCUUCAAGAUGCCUUGGCCAAGACUGGUGCGAUUGAUGAGAUUUCCUGCAAACUACUGGAGAUUUGCUGCAGUGUUUAUAACAGCACAACGGGAAAGGAUCCGAAGGAUGAUAUUCGGCUCCACCUAAUGCGCAAUGACUUCAUGCUGGACACGCAAAAAGGCCCUGCUGAAGGUGCAAUGGUUCAGAUUGAAUUGAAUAUGAUGUCUGCCUCCUUUGCGACCCACGGGCAGGAUCUGACCGAGGUUCAUCGAUACCUCCUUACGAAAUACUUACCGCGUGAUGCCAACUUGAGGAUGGAGGCUGUUUCAGAGGCGCUGUCUGCGGCUCUGCCGACGAGCAGUGCCACUGAAGGUAUGGCCGAGGCAAUGUCUUUGGCUGACAAGGCCUAUAAAGCAAGGUGGCAACCGACUGGAUUGCUGCAAGUCGUUCUAUUUGUAGCCUUGGAGGAGGAGAAGAACGAGCUGGACCACAGGAAAUUGGAGCUGGCUGCCUUCCGCCACGGCCUGGUCGCCCUGCGCCGGUCGUUGCAACAGCUGAAGGGCGCUGAGCUUCGGCCGCUGGCGCCGCGCCCGAACCACACGGCGACUGUGCGGGAGCCGCUGGCGCUGGUUGUGGAUGGCUAUGAGGCCACGGUGGUCUACUUCCGCUCCGGCUACUGGCCUCAGCACUUUGUUGACGCCUGGCCGUUGCGGCAGCAGAUGGAACGCGCGGAGGCAGUGAAGUGCCCCUCAGCGCCAGCGCAGCUCGCAGGGAUGAAGAAGGUGCAACAACUUCUUUGCGAGAGGAACGAAUUGUUGAAAUUUCUGCCAGAGGACCAGGCGACAGCUGUCUCCAGCACGUUUGGCAAACAAUUUGACCCCAGCAGCAGCUCCAAAGAAACUCGAGAGGCUGUUGAGGCCGCUAGAGCCCAUCCUGGUGACUGGGUUUUGAAGCCACAGGUAGAAGGCUCUGGAGAGCUGUUCUUUGAUGAGGAUAUUCCUCGCAUCCUGGAUUCUCGGACACAAGAACAGCUCGCGGAGUUCAUCUUGAUGGAACGUGUAAGGCCGCCCUGCACUCCUUCGGCGAUUCUGCACCAGGGUGAAGUGGUACUGCGUUCUGCCGUGGCAGAGUUGGGUAUUUUUGGCACCUUUGUAGCGGAGGGUGGCGAAGUGAGGUGCAACAAGGCUGUUGGACAUCUUCUCAGAUCAAAAGGGCAGCAGACGAAUCAGGGUGGUGUCUUCGUUGGCAAUGCCACUGUAGAUGUACCAUUCCUGACUCCAAACGACAUUUUCUGGCAUCGCGUCAAAUCUUGAAAAAACCAUGCCAAAAUUCCA